GCAUUUUUUUCCCUGUCUUCCCUUCUCCAAAAAUUACAUUUUUUGUUUUCUCUGUUUUGCCUGUCUUUUAAUUGCUUUAAUCCAGAAACCAAUCGAAAAGAUUCGAUAUUCUGCAAACAAAUUCCAUUACCCAUUUUGCAAAAUUCGAGAUUUCCCAGGAAAAUUUCCAAUUUUUGUUUUCUGGGGACAUUAGGUUUCGUCAGCCGGUGAAAUUCCAGAGCCGUAGCCUGUAUGGUUUGGAUUUCCGUCCAAAACCCAUCACUUUUAUCGUAUUCGCUUUCGUUUCAUCUUUUGAUUUUGACCCAAUCGCUUCUUCCAACUCCCGCGAUCGAAAAACCCGACCCAGCAGCCAUGAGAGUCCAUCCUUUACCCAGGAAGCGGAACAACAUCCUGAUCCAUCACCAUUCCCGCGAUCCGAGUAUCCGAGAACCCGUCAAGAAGCUCCGGCGAUUGCCCCACAUUUUCAACCGGGUCCUGGAGCUUCCGUUCAGGUCCGACGCCGACGUUGUGGUGGAGGAGAUGCCCGACUGCUUCAGAUUCUCGGCGGAGACCGACGGAUUCCCCGCCGGAGACGGUGGAGUGAGGGCCCACAUGGUGGAGAUCCAUCCCGGUGUGAUGAAGAUCGUUGUUAGAGCAAACGGGUCGUCAUCGUCGUCUCUGGGUCCGCCUUUGUUGGACGAGCUCGAGCUGGACGUGUGGCGAUUCCGGUUGCCUGAGACAACUCGGCCUGAGCUCGUGAUGGUGGCCUGUGAAGACGGUGAGCUGGUAGUGACAGUGCCGAAGACGGCGGAGAAUUUUCCGGAGGAGGAGGAGGAGGAGGAGGGGGACAGCGAUGGAGAUUUCGGAGGAGGUAUCGGAAGUAGCCGGCUAGUUCUUGUACAAUAACGCGUUGUUGGCUUUUUUUCUUGUUGGUGUUUUUCGUCUCUGUACUAUGUUUUUAUUGUUUAGUUUCACAUCCGAUUUGAUGUUUCUGAUCGAGAAAUGUCUGAUAAAAAUCUCGCCUUUUUGUCGCCCUCCUGUAAGAAAAUCUCUCUGGUGAAUUCAUGACAUGGCAGCUUUGUUCA